AGCUUUAACAUAAACAAUAAAUUCUGAAGAAAUAUUUAUACAAAUUCCAUUCCAGUUACUAAAACCAAAAAAAAACAGUGCUAUAGCUGAAAGUUAUCUUCCUUAGAUUAAUAAUUUCUCUUUAUGAGAGAUUAAAGGACGCUUCAAAACUCUGAAUACUAUACUAGACGAGUACAAAGACUUGCUUCAGAAAUAUGCAUCAUGCCAAAGUUUUUAGACUAUGCAUUUCACCAUAACGUCAACACAACACAGAAACUAUCUAUGGUGUAUUUGGAAAAGUCGCAGCAUAGUUUGUGAUGCAUUACUGCAUUACACAGGAAACUGUUUUUACCAGGGAAAUCAGGGCUCUUUUAUGUAUGGAUUUAAUGGUCCUUAUGUAGAUACAGUAAUGCACACAUACUCCACUGAAUCCAUAAUUGAGCCUCGUAGUUAUAUAACAUAUCUUGGCCCUCAGAGGUGGUAUAACCACACCCACGAACCCUAAUCCAGGCCGAAAAACCCUAAAGUCACUGGAAAGUAUGAUUCCCGGUACUUUUUUUAACUGGAAUCCCUCCCGCUGGCGGGGAUCGCGGCGCCGGGGAAUGUGCAUCUGCAGUUUUCCCCACAUCUGAGCGCGGUUUUCCAGGCAGCUCAACUGGCUCGCCAGCGAUUUCGCUCACGAACGCUAACCCCGGGCAAGACGGCCAGGGCUGAAAUAAACAAAGCAGGGGCAUACGGCGCGGCGGGCAGCCCCCUGUGAGAGGGACACAAAGUGUGGAAGCGGGGAGGGGGGCAAAAAAAAAAAAAAAAAAAAAAAAAAAACAAUGAAGUUUCCUGUUAUUGGUGAGGCCCUGUCUGGAUGAGGCAGUCGCAGAGCGACAGGGAAAAGAGAGGGAGCUCGGGACACGGGAGAGCAGUAAGUACCAGAGCGGACGAGCGCUUCAGGGGAAAAUGGGGAAAACUGCUUUGCUGGUGACGGCGCUGUGCUUCUGCACAGUGUGCCUGUGUGACACAGGCAACGACAGCCUGGAAAACGACGGAGGAAUCAACACCCCAAAGACAGACAUUGUUUCUCAGGCUGAGGACAAAAAACCAGUACAGAGUCAAGAAAUUGAGAGAGGACAGGGUGGCGAGGAGGGGACUGGGAGUCCUGACGAUCCAGAGCCGACGUCCCCCCUCUCAGACUUUGAAAACUCAUACAACUAUGUCUUGUCCCGCCUGCACUCUAUGGACCAGGCCAUCCACAAGCUGAACGUGGGACACUACACGCUGGACGUGAGGCUGGUGCAGCUGCUGGACAGGCUCUCGCGGUUAGACGCCAAGAUCGGGGAGAUGGACGACGAGAUACAGCAGGUGCUCGCUCUCGCCAAGGAGAACCGCAAGGAGAUCGGGCAGCUGGAAGGCUGCCAGAAGGGCAGGAGGGUCGGCCAUAAGUGCUUCCUGGUGUACCGCUCAUACGAGACCUACGCCGGGGCGUCGAGGAAUUGCCAGGAGCGCGGCGGCAGGAUGGCGAUGCCCCGGGACAGGAAGGAGCAGGAGGCGCUGGCGGAUUACACCCGUGGAUUCUUCCACCCGGGCAACUGGCCCAUAUGGCUGGGCAUUAACGACCUGCGGUCAGAGGGCCUCUACCUGUUCGAGGACAACACGCGCGUCACGUACUUCCAGUGGCGCAAGCACUACCUGUCCAGCCAGCCGGACGGGGGCAAGAGAGAGAACUGUGUGGCCAUCUCCUCCGACGACGGCGACUGGUGGGACAACUACUGCGACCGGCGCAUGUUCUACCUCUGCGAGUUUGAUGCUUGACGUCCUCCCAGCUGUCGGCCUGAGAGCUCCCUCGCCCCAGCAUGUUCUGUGGCCAAAGCCAACCAUUCCAUCAAGUUUUGGCCACAGCUGUAGCAAGAAGAAAGCCUACUGGUUCUGGUCAUUAAGAAUGACAGUGUUGACAAGAUGUUGAAAUACACAUUUCUCAUACUCAAUCAAUCCUCCUGGAGAACAUCCUGUAGUACUGUACAUAUUUAUCUUGAUUUUUGAGGGUCGAGUACCAUAUCUGCUACUAGUUGGGUCAGCUUUGCAUGAAUCCUUCUGCUUCGAAACUAUUGAAAUACUUACUACAAUCAAAUCUACGAGGGCCUUUGCACAUGAGGUUGGACUACAGUGGGUGACAUGAAGGUUUUAUUUCAAAGAAUCUUCGAUUCACAGUUUCCACCUACUUUAAGUAUGUUGUUUCCUUAUAGAGAAACCUGUCUUCAUUUAGGAAAGUAGAUAAUUAAGAAUAUUACAUUUUAUGUAAUAACGAAUUCACUGAUCUGUUCAUGUUUAACCUAAAUUAACAUUAUUAUUUCAUAAAUAAUUCAUAAUAAAAUUUUAGCACCAUUACCUCCAA